CAGGGAGAACAUCCAAACUCCACACAGACAGCACCCCGGGAACUCAACCCAGCGAGGCUAACCACUGUGCGCCAUUUCUGUAUAAAUAUAGGAACAAAUAUGUCCAUGCAGUAUAUACUCUGUAUGUCCCACUCCACACUCGCUAAAACGUGCGUGAUCUGUCGAAAACACGGAGACAAGUGAUCCACAGAGCUCAGAGCAGGCUGUCCUGUCCCCAGUCAGGGCAGAUAAUCUAAUGAAGAUUGUGUGGAGAUGAUCUGAACUGUCCGAAGUGACGGCAGGCGAGAACAGAACCUGUGCGCCGGCACAACACAACCGCACAGCAAACCGCGCGUUCAUGUCGGAAAAGGAGUGCGCGGCAGACCCCCGAUCCUGCGCGCCCAGCUGCCCUCGAAGGGGGGCGGGGGGGAGGAAGGGUUAACUCCCAGCUCUGUGCAGCGCCGCCGGAGACCGAGGCAGCGGAAGAAGGAAAGCCGUCUAAUCCCCUCUCCCGGCUCCUUUGAAGGCCGCGCCUGCCGGCGUGACAGGUCUGGAGCAGCGCUACGGAAGUGCGCCGGUGUUUGUCGGCGAUGCCUCGGAGAUCAUCGCCCUCCUGGGACCGGAUCAGACAUUUCUGCAGCUGCGCGCCUGCCGGGACCCGUUAACCAGGCCGGCUCUUUCAGCCACUUCCAGAGAAGUAGCCGCUGCUCGAAACUGCACGUUAUUCCGGGAGAAGGCUCGUGUCCGGAUUGCACCGUCAGAAAUACCCGAUCAGGCGUAAACCGGACUAACGCCCGUGCGGUUUCUGGUUGACCAGCACCUGUGGGCAGCAGCCUUUAUACACAACCCGAAGAGCUCGAGUGAAGAGGACUUAGACAGAGAGCAACUCCUGUUCUCAUGUCGCCUGUCUGCUUGCAGAUCAGACACCGCGAAACGAUAUCUCCUUAGAAAUCGCAGCUGCCGGGGGUUUGCAGAAGAGGACAGUUCGCAGGAUCGCGUCUGAAAAGACGAGUGAAACACGAGGCUACAGCCGCAGGUCCCCGGGGGUUGGCAGGAAGAUUGGGGAAGAGGCUUUUGUACAACUUAAGUGUUUGUUUGUUUUCUCCUGUUGACGUUUCCCCAUUUAGUUUGUGUGGGAAAGAAAGUUCAGGAGGAAUCCGGUGAGAAACGCGGAGAGGAGGGGGCGCCGGGCGAUGGGAUUGGUUUCCAGCGGCUGCCGUCGGAUUCCACACACACAUACACACACACACGUCCACCCGGGUCCCCGGCGGACCCUGAUUGGUUGUCCAAGGCUGCCUUCACAUGAACCGAGUCCACAGAUAGUCCCAUCCCCCCAUUUCAGCCCCCGGGUACCCCCCUUCACAGCUCCCGGGACAGAACAGGAGCUAAUUCAGUCCUAGGCGACUCCAGCUAGCAGCUGUGCUGAAUUCUCUGCUCAAGAGGCAGAGAGAGAGAGGAGGGGGGUUAUUUGAAAAAGCACAAGGAGGCAUUUCUGAAAUUUUCAGAGUGCAGAGAGGAAAGAAACAGGCUCGCUGCAGACUUGGGAGAGAGAGACGGGAGAGAGAGAGGAGGAGAGGAGAGAGUGGGCAGAAAAUUGGGGGUAUGCAGGGUAAGACGGUCAGGGAAGGCAGGAGGUCCGGAGUGGAGGUGUAGAGAGAGGCAGGGAGAAGCACAGGAGAGCAGAGGGGUGCCGGGGUGGGGGAGAGGAGCAGAUCUUACAGAGCGCGCGCGAGAGGAGGAGGAGGAGCGACCGGGACGGAGAGGGAUGAGGAAGGCACUGCUGAUGUUGCUCUUUUCCUUGACGCUGUGCCUGGUCAUCGUGGGGAUCAUGGUGACGAGCCUCUGGUCCACCCUGAGCAACAGGAGCGAGGCGGCGAGGGGCGCUUUAAAGCUGGUGGCGGGGAAGCAGGCGGCCACACAGUGCAAGGAAUGCAGGGAAAAGGCCAAUAUUGACAAGCUUGCGCAGGUACACUCUCAGACAUGGCGGAAACAGGAAAGCAGACUGCAGACUUUCAGGGCACAGCUCAAUAUGAAGUGCCAGGGCUUCUCCAGGGCCAUCAUCACCCAGGCCAACACCUUGCUGGGGUCAAAGGUCACGUACGAUGGCGAGAGGAGGAAGCCCGUCGAGGUCACCCCCAAGCUGUACAGCACCUUCCCCAAGGAGCAUCCCUUUGGGAACGUGAGCUUCCAGUCCUGUGCGGUGGUGGGGAACGGGGGGAUUCUUGCCAACAGCAGCUGUGGAGAGGAGAUCGACGGCGCCCAGUUCGUCAUUAGAUGUAACCUGCCUCCUGUGGACAGGAAGUAUCAGGACGAUGUGGGCAACAAGACAGACCUGGUGACGGCCAAUCCCAGCAUCCUGCUGGAAAGGUUCGAGGGGCUGAUGGAGCUCCGGCGCCCGUUCGUGGAGAGCCUGGGCGACUAUGGGCAGCCGAUGCUGGCGCUACCCGCGUUCUCGUACGGGCACAACACCCCCGUGUCUCUCCGGGCGGUCUACACCCUGCAGGACUUCAACAGCCCCGUGCGGGCCGUCUUCCUCAACCCCGAGUACCUGCAGAACCUGGCCCGGUUCUGGAAGGCGCACGGGCUGCGGACCGUGAGGCUGAGCACGGGGCUGAUCGUGGCCAGCCUGGCCCUGGAGCUCUGCGCCAGCGUCACACUCUACGGCUUCUGGCCUUUCUCCCUGCACCCCUUCAGCAAGCAGCACCUCACCAACCACUACUACGACGACCAGCAGUCCAAGAAAAGCUUCCACGCCAUGCCGGCGGAGUUCGAGCAGCUGCUGAGGCUGCACAGCCAGGGCGUGAUCAGGGUUCACCUGGGCAGCUGCUAGGCGGGGCUGCAGGUGUGUCCCCCUGCCCUGUCUCAUCCCCUCCUGCCACUGGGCUCCAGGUGCGCUGCCAGUGCCUGUCCUGGCCCCGACGCAAGAGCCCGUCCCGCCGCCAGAGCGCGCAGGGCAGACAUCCUCUCUGAUUCAAAGUGUGGCCGGGUUCUUUUUUUUAUCAAAUGAUUUUUUGUUGUUGGAAAUCCAGUAGUCGGCAGACAGAAAAGCAGACACAUGACCUGCACUAAGACGUUAAGACAAAAUGUAUUUACUGUGAACGUACGCUGUGGGUGUACGUAUAUAGUGUAGGUUUGCGUCUGUGAAAAGCUAUGAAUUAAUGAGUAUUUAUUCUAGAGGAUCCAGCUGGAAUCUGGAACUUCGUCUAUUUAAGUUGGCACAGAAUCUGACUUGACAAUUACUGUAGGGUAACCAAUUUGAAAUCCUAGCAGAUGGAUCCAGCUGUGGAUUUGUAUCUGGAAGGGGCCACAUUAUAAAGACAUCCUGCUGGACGUGGCUUGUAACCAAAACUAAGGACAGAGCCUCAGGUCUCCAGGCUAGGAGAUGGUGGAGACUGUGGCGAGACGUACACGUUUUGACAGGCAAGACAUUCGACAUUUUAAAAGAAUCUAGAAUUCCUCGUCCGUCCAGGAGCAUCUUUUGUUUCUGCCUUGCAAAAAACAAACAAACAAUUCCUUGCUUCCCAGGGAUUUAUCAUUUUUAACCAUAAUUCCAAUCCUAGCGAUAAACCACAAAAUCCAUAAUUACUACGCUGCAAAGAUAAUUGCAGGUCUGUUUAAAAAAAAAAAGUCGACUAGCUGAGCAAUGUUUUCUUCAGGGAUCCUGUGACACGAGAUGCCUUCCUGCAGCUUUCUCUCUACAGUGACCACAACGCGGAAGAAUAAACAGACACUGCGUUUACUGCCCUCCUGUCACAACCAUCACAGGUUGACGUCUGUGGAGCGUGGGUUACCCACACAACACAGCAGGAGAAGCUGGGGGUCUGGGCCAGAGCCAGGUCAGUGGGUAAACACCAUGACAAGAGAGCUAUGAGCUGCCAGUACUUGGGAAUGGAAAAUCCUACCGUGCCAGCACAGAGGAGCCCGUGAUUCUGCUGAAGCAUUACUGCAGCUCAGACACGAUUAACUAGCUCAGCGUUGUGCCCUCACAAUUCCCCGCCACGCCGUGCAGCUGCACUGCAACGAAUGAUUUUACUUAUCAGGUGUCGAAUGAUGGGUGGGUUUUCCAAGCGGUACAGCCGAUGAAACAGCUCUGUUCCGGAAGAAGCCCUUCUCCUGUGCCUUCUAAAUAAAUGACCUUGUAAUCAGUAGGGCUAUCUCCAGUUGAUAGUACAGAUCUUUUUUAGGGUUUAUAAGACUUCUGAUCCUCUUUUUGGGCUUCAUACUUCAGGCUGUGUGGAAGGUCAGCAAGCGGACCUCAGCAGUACAAAGUGAUUUUUUUGACGGGAGUGUUUUUCCCAUGUUUGUCAGGACAUCUUUCACUGGCCUCCUGUCCAGCUUGAUUACUUCGCCACAGUCCGCCUGCAACAUUCUUAAAACCAGGUGAAGAAUCAGGUCUGGUCAUGCAGGAAGCUGAAAAGCAUGGAUCGGCAGGUCUCAAUGAGUAUAGGCUCAGGUAGAGGACACAGGGGUGUCUCAGGAUCAGGGCUUAAAUCGCUCCGGUGAAUGAGCCAGGACUGGAGCUCAGGGUGAAAAAUGUGGCCUGGUGUUUGGUGGUUCCAGGAUCCAGGCCGACAAUCUGCCAGAGAGAGUCUGUCCUUUACUACUGCCACCACGACAUAUACCUGCGUGCCUUCGACAAAGGGCACAGCUGACUCAGAGGUGUGGCCUUGCUCUGGGCUGACACGGGAAGUGUAAAACAAGAAACGCAUAUAGAGCAGAAGUGUAAAAAAGAAAAGUGAGAAAAUGUCUCAUUUGUGAAAUCCAACAACAAAAUGAUGUUGCCAAGGUAAACUACAGCCUUGCAUGGGAGAGUGAUGUGACCAUGCUGAGUGGCCAAAAAUAUGAGAAACCUGUCGGCCUCCACAAGACAUGUUCCAGUGAUGCAGAAAAUCUGCAAGGUGUUGCUGAAUUCCUGGCACUGGGUCCCUUUGGGCGUAUUAACACACUAAACGUUAAAAGUACCGAAUCAUUUUAAUCUUCACGCAAAUAGGAGGCAGCCUCAUUCAAGCAUUCAAGAUAAUCAACAGUUUAUUGGCAUGUUUUAGAAUCAACAGUGAAACAAAGAGCAAAUUAAGGAGAACUGAUAAGAGGAGGCACUACUUUAUACAGAGAGUGGUAGGGGCCUACAGCAAAAUGCUUCAGCCAAUACCUUGGACUCUUCCAAGGAAUUUCUGGGUGACAACAUAGGGUCAAUGGCCAUCUGUCCUUUUUUUAACCUUUCUUGUGUUCUUUGUGUUAAGUUUUUUAAUGAGACAUGUUCGUGUUUUGUGUUUUCCACUACUUCUUUUUUACUUUAAAUGACAUUUCCAAAACUUUUCAAGAGGGACAAUCGAGCAAACCAUCAGUUAAGACUGGGGCUCAGUUAAAUAUCCAAGAGCUGAACUGGAAGUGACAAGGUUCUGGGGAAUGAAAGUAUCUGCACAGUCUGAGAGCGGGCUGAGACGCUUGUUCAGGGUUUUAGAAGAGCUUUCUACUGCAAGGAUGUGCGGUUUAAGAUACAGUAUGUGCCUUGAUGAGAAAACUCAGGAAACGCCAAACAGAAUCAGAGUAACUGAAAAAAUAAACCUCUGUGAUGUUAUCUUUUCUAUGUUCUGAAGACGCUAGGUUAAAAGUAUUAUGAAUUCUACAGAAAUAAAUAUGUGAAAAGAG